CAUGUGACGUCACGAUUCGCCUAGGCCGAUCACACGAGGUUAAGAUAAAACAAUUCCUAGACCCACCCCAACAUCCCCGGUUAGUCUCACAAUCCGGAGCCACAUCCACACCAUGUCCACUUGGCCAGAGGUUGAACGGGCUCGGCAGGAGAAUCGGCGAGAGCUCAAGCUCUCCGGUGCCACUUUGUCGGAGCGCUUGGCUUCCAAUGGAGGAUCCUUGUGUGAGCCCCUCUUCCAAUUGACCCACCUCAACCUACUGGACCUGAGCUCAUGUCCCACCUUGGUCCACGUCUCCGACCAACUCGGUCAAUUGACCAAUCUGAGCUCAUUGCUGCUGAACCAAAAUGGAAUAACCUCUUUAUCCGGCCCGGCUUUGAGUCAUUUAACGAAACUCAAAGUUUUGGACGUAUCCGGCAAUCAAUUGACCGCAAUCCCGGACCAAAUCAGCGCUCUGACGGCCUUGACUACGCUCAACUUGGCCAACAACGCCAUUGAGAGCAUGCCCGUGCUCAAGGAACUGAAGAGUUUAGCCCAUGUGGAUUUAGGCGGCAAUCAAUUGAAGGAUUUGAGCUUUAUUUGCCAUGAAGACUUGAGCUUGCUCGCCACGUUGGUGGUGGCCAAGAAUCGCUUGGAAGCUUUGGAUCCCAAUCUGGCCAAGUUGGUGUCUUUAAAGAAAUUGGAUGCCUCGGACAAUCCCCUGCCAUCGGUGCCCGGUGAAUUGGCCGAUUUGAGUCGCAUGAAAGAAUUAUUGCUCCAGAACAACCCCUUGCAAGAUAACCGCUUGAAAAAAAUGGUGGCUCAAAAGGGCACCAAACCCGUGCUGGAUUAUAUUCGACAGAAUUGCCCCCGAACCGGAACUGAUGCGGCUGAAUCCACGGGAGAGCCGGGCAAAAAAGGGAAAGGCAAGAAAGGCAAGAAAAAUGCGGUCAAAGAGGUGGCGAACGAAUUGGAUGAGGCCUGUGAUGUUUUAGAGGUAUUGCACAUUCGCGACGAAUCGCCACUCAUUGUGGUGGAAGAUAUCACGAAAGAUAUCCGACCUUAUAUCAUAGGCUGCCUCAUUCGGGGCGUGGAUUUAAGUGGGCCGAAUUUGAAGAAAUUCAUCCAGCUUCAGACCAAACUGCACGACACGGUUUGCGAAAAGCGAUUAGCCGCCACGAUCGCCACCCACGACCUGGCCAAGAUUGUGCCGGGGAAGAUCUUAUACACGGCCAAAACUCCGGAUUCAUUGCACAUCCAGCCCUUGAACCAAAACCGGGCCUUUUCCGCACCCGCUUUGGUCCAACAUUUGCGCGAUCAAGCCGAAGCCGUGCGCAAGGAGAAGAAACGCAACACCUUCUCGGGUAUUCAUCAAUAUCUGAAUCUACUCAAGGAUAAGGCCGUGUACGCGUGCUUGGUGGACGAGCUCGGGACCACGCUCUCAUUUCCACCCAUUACCAAUAGCGAUGUGAGUAAGAUCGGUCCGGAGACGCGAGAUAUUUUGGUGGAAGUGACCAGUACAGUUAAACUUGCAACGGCCAAAACCGUGUGCGACGCUUUGCUCCGAGAUAUGUUGGAGCUGGGCUUGGGUCAGCCCACACCCGAAGGGCAACGGGGUUUGCAAGUGGAACAGAUGCGGAUUGAGGACGCGCAGGGAAACCUCAAGGUGAUCUACCCUUCCAAAACCGAUCUGACCUUUGAAGGCAGCCAUGCUAUUCAAAUCAUUCGUCCAUAAACGAAAGUAUUUCUUAAUCACUAUUUUUGACGUUCGUGAAAAUCAAGCUUAAAUUGAGAGUUGGGCUAAUUUUUACACUUUUUGGCGAACCUGAGGGAAUAUAGGGUGACCGUUUAUGGAGCAUCUGUUGA